AUGGUCCGGAAAACAGGCAGACCGAUCGCUGAUCCCAAGUCUUGGCGGCCUAUCGCUCUACUAUCUUCUUUCGGCAAGAUUCUUGAUAGAGUCUUGGCCAAUAAGAUGCUCGAGGUGCUGAGGGCCAACCCGGACCUUCUACCUAAGUGUCAGUUUGGCGGUAGAUCUACUGCAGAAGCGCUCCAGUACUUGCUCACCAUCAUCUAUGACACCUGGGCCUUUCACCCUGGAAAUGUCGUUACUAUCUUCGGCCUUGACAUGAGCUCAGCCUUCGAUACCGUCUUCCGCGACCGUCUCCUACAAAAUCUAGUCGACAAGGGCUUUCCUCCAUGGUGCGUGACCAUGGUCCGCAACAUGCUCUCUGAACGAACCGCCACAAUGCGCAUGCCCGGCAUUGUUUCUGGUUCCUUCCCAUUAAACACUGGUAUUCCCCAAGGCUCGCCAUCGUCGUCCAUUCUGUUCAGCUUCUUUUCUAACCCCCUACUGGAGGAAACAUGCACUGGUCUCCAUAAAGUGGAGGUUAAUGGCAAGUCUCACUGGGUGUACCUGUACGCAUUCGUUUUUGUCGACGAUAUCUACCUUAUCGCAGUGUCUGAGAGUUACGAGAUCAACUGCAAAGGCAUCGAGAAACUUCACAGCUCUGUAGAGGCUGUUGCUGCGCAGCUGAAGGUCGUCUUUGGGCCUCACAAGUACAACCUUAUGCAUAUCAUUGGGCCUCAACGGCACCAACCUGAAACGAAUUUCAGGUCCAACAUUCCAGGGUAUGACGGAUUGCCCCUACCAAAGUUGCGUAUCCUUUGUGUCAUGUUUGAUCAGAGGCUGAGGUGGCAAUGCCAUAUCGAUGACAUUGAGAAGAAGGUCAGGAAGCGGCUUGGCUAUCUGUCAAUCAUCUCGAAACAAACGACAGGGCCGACCUUGCAGACCAUGCGACUCUAUUACCUGACCAUGAUCCAGCCUGUGAUCACCUAUGCCUGUGGCGCAUGGUUCCUGCUGCGGAGAGGAGACAAGGGGCACUGUUCCGUCAAGUAUGGGUUGAGAGAGGAUCAGAAAAAACAACUUAAGUCACUGAACAAGGAAUGUCUGACCAAGGUUUCUGGUGCUGUCUUAGACACCGCAGCCGAGAUGAUGGAGAAAGAGUUGUUCGUUGAGAACAUCAUGACUGUCCUCCAUUCCCAAGCUUCUCAACAACGGGUCAAGAGUCUCCUUUCUCACGACACCAGAUGGAGGUUCAUCUCGCGAGACGGGUGGAAAAAGAGCAGGGCACCAGGUAACAACAAAACUCCGUACCAGAUUUUGGAUGCCGAAGCGACAAAGAUUCAUAAAGCAGCCGAGAAGGGUCAUUAUCACAGAGCAAGAGUCAGUCCAGACCCCAAGGUGAGGUAUAAGGCUAAGGAGCGAUGGGCAGAUCACAAGAAGCGAAGCGAGAUCAUCAAGGCCUAG